AAUUAUCUUCAAUAUUAUACAACUUUUGUUCGUUAAACUAUGUAUUUAUUUGCACUCCUAAAAAUUUAAAAAAGCUUCAAACUGGGCGAUAAACAAGGGACAAACAGAAAAAUAGAAGCAAAAACAAGCCAAAAACUCCCUGCCUCAGCUGGUCCUCCCUUGAUUUUUUGGGUCUGCAGAUCAGAGCAGCAAUGGAAUGGGACUUCAAGGACAGCGACCUUGAUGCUCUGGUGGGGUCCAGCAUCUCACAACCCCAGAUGAAGAGUCGACCAGCUGAAUCUCUAGGAUUGGAUUUCAAGAAAUUGCAGGAGGAUCCAAUAAAGCUCUCAUCGUCGAGAAGGAUUAACGGCAGUAACAAUGGAAGUGAUCAUCUGAAAGUUCUAUGCUUGGUCGACGGUUGCAGGGCGGACCUCAGCCGUUGUCGUGAAUAUCAUCGGCGGCACAGAGUCUGCGAGCUCCACUCCAAGACCCCUGUUGUCGUCGUCAAGGGAGAACAGAAACGAUUCUGCCAGCAGUGCAGCAGAGUCCAUUCUCUGGUGGAGUUUGACGAGGGGAAGAGGAGCUGCAGAAAACGUCUCAAUGGACACAACCAGCGCCGGCGGAAACCUAAACCGGAAUCCUUCUAUUUCAGUUCCCACGACUUCUUCUCCACCUGCAAGGGUCCCAGAAUCCUGCAAUUUAGUAAUCCACAAGUAUGUGCAACAACUAAUGUGAGAUGUAUGUGGCCUGUGGAGGACAAAAGAGGAGCAGAAUCCAUGUGUUCCAACCACCACCACCAGUGGCUGCGUGCUACUGACGAGCCAAAGCCUCCCAAUUCCUUCAACGGAGCAGGACACGAACCUUUUCUUUUCGUGCAAGCAAGUGACCCUAAAGCCACCGCAGGCAACCGAGCAGCCCCUCAAGCUUUCAUGUGCCAGCAGCAGCCGCUUCCAAUAACUGCUGCUGCCUCGCCAAAAAGCACAAGGGGUUGUGCUCUCUAUCUUCUGUCAUCACAUCCAACACAAAAUCCAGUUACUGGCCUAAACCACUUGGCUCAGUCGCCUGUCACCACUACUCAUCCAGGUCAGAUCCUUGACGCGAGACUUCAGAUGAACCGUGGUUUCUCUGAAUUCUCAUGCUCACAUGAUGAGGAGGACAGGACUGUAAUUCCAGAAAUGAUGUUUCUUCCGGGGCCUGAUGGCUUUUCGAACAACUGAGUGCAAAUGCUUCCAAUUUUAUUGGAGUAGCUUGUGUUUUUGGUACUUUACUAGUUUCUUUGAUGUUGAUUAAUAAUCUGGGAGAAGUCAACUGUAGAAGACUCCCCAACCAUUUGAUUGCUUUGAAGUAUUUGUGUUUUGUGGAAACAAAAAUUAUUUGGUUUGAAUUAUUUGUGUUCUAUGGAAACGAAAAUUUUUGUUCCUUCCA